CUGUCUCCCGGGGCUGGUGGGAGGCUGCGAUGAAUGGUUUCAGCACCGAGGAAGACAGCCGGGAUGGGCCUCCCACCACCCCUUUCUACGGACAGAGCUGCUGCCUCAUUGACGACGGGGACCGCUGUGCCCGCCCGGCGGGCAAUGCCUCCUUCAGCAAGAGGAUCCAGAAGAGCAUCUCCCAGAAGAAGCUGAAGCUGGACAUUGACAAAAGCGUAAGACAUCUAUAUAUAUGUGAUUUCCACAAGAACUUCAUUCAGAGCGUUCGUAACAAAAGGAAGAGAAAGACCAGUGAUGAUGGUGGAGACUCCCCAGAGCAUGAGAUAGAUGUCCCAGAGGUUGACUUGUUUCAGCUCCAGGUAAACACACUACGCCGUUAUAAAAGGCAUUACAAGUUGCAAACAAGACCUGGCCUCAAUAAAGCUCAACUAGCAGAAACUGUCAGCCGACACUUCAGGAACAUCCCAGUGAAUGAGAAGGAGACCCUUGCUUAUUUCAUCUACAUGGUGAAGAGUAAUAAGAGCAGGUUGGAUCAGAAGUCAGAAACUGGCAAACUAGAAUGAAGGUUAGGCAGACUUUGG